UGGAGGCGCCGCAUGAAGUCAAACACGCCUAAUGUUUUCUGAGCAAACACACGGAUUGUAGGCAACAGUUUACUUCCUGGGCCGGUUGACGUGGACACAACUGACGACGGUCAUUAUCAUUAGCCUAUUCCACCCGCUUCUGACUCACAGCUUAAGGAACCAACUUUGAGGUCUGUGGCAUUGCAGCGCUUGGUCUGAAGGACAGCAUUGGGUACCGGAGGUGGGGCUGGACAGCGGAGCUCACAUAGAGCCUCGGGGAAGGACCACAUUCCAUCUUCCAUGCACAUCAGUACGUUAUUACUGCCUGCAGAAAGGUGGUACCCUCUGUGAACUCAAAGACGGCCGGGUGCACGUGGUACUUGUCGGGCCGCCCGCAGUCCACGGGUUCACAGGUCACCUGCUUGUUCCAUUUUCCAUCUGCACAGGUGAUGUUGCAGUGGACUCCAUUGAAGUAUUUAAGACUGCUGCAGUUCCUGUCGGCGUUCGUGACAUUUGGCUCCUUACAUUCGAUGGUAUCACAAGAAUAAUGAACGCAACUGUGGGAUUGUGACAUUUGCAAAGGCUGUCACAUCUGUGUAGGUGCUGCUGAGGUGCUAAGACUGUGCUUUUCCUGUCCAAAUCCUUGAUAAGGCCAGUCCAUCACAGCCAUGGGGGAAGAAGGCUGAUAAAGACGACCAGUAAGAUCAUGACCAGUUCCUGGAAAUCCCUCCUUUGAGGGCCUGCUUCCUAUCUCUUUGCUGCCUCUAAUGCAUUACUCCUGUCAUCUUAGGAUGUGAUGAAUAUAACGUAUCGCCAUCCUCACGUUGUCAUCGGAGAGACCCCGUGUCCUUUCUACGAGACUGCACUAUGUCUGCAAUACACGAGCACACAAUUCCAGCCGAUGAUGUCAUCUUUUACUGACCCAUCCCCCAUCCGUGAAGAAGAUUCAGUGCAGAUCCGAGGUCUGGUGCACUGAGAUACCUCAAUGUUAAUGAUGAAGCACUUGUGCAUGCCAAAAAAUCCAUCACAGGCAUGGAGGUGUCAAGUUCUUUCGAUGUUUCCCAUUACAGGAUCAGAUCAGAACGCAGCUCAUCCACUGUGCGGUAUCCAGCAUAUACUUUCCUACCGGAUUCUUCAAAUGUAUCUGAACCAGCUAGAUCGUUGCUAAAGAGAUCCAACACGAAUGCAUCGAAACCUCCCCUUCUGCAGGCCAUGACUCAUUCCCAAACAUUUCCACAAGAUGACACUCUUUCUCCAAAAUUAGAUUCAGAUCCAGCAUCUAAAGCCUUACACAGUAUCCGACUGAAGAUUCAACAACAGAAGAUAUGGGGAGAGACUCUGACCUCAUCAUCUGAGAUCAAGCAUCCAAAACAUCUUACUAGAAAAGUUUGCAGGGUGCCAAGCAAAGAAGCGAAAACAGCACCGAGUACAGGUGGAGUAAUCAGAUUAACUGUACAGAAACAUGCCGUAAGCUCUGUUUCGAAUAAUGCGUGCCACCAAAGAUCUGCUCACUUGGCGGAGCAGUCAACAUACAUAUCUGCUUGGAAAAACGUCCAGGGUCUCGUGAAACAAAUGCUGAAUUCACAGAGCAGCAUAAAGAAUAAGAGCGAAUGCUUAUACAAGAAGGCACCACCACAACAAUGUGCUGUUUCGAAAGCUCGGCGACUUGGAGGACACGAACAAAGAAAGAAGGAGAAUUCAGCUUCCAUGAAAGCUCAAGAUCAGUCUCGUUCAAUCUCACGUUGUCCAUCCGGCAGUGCAGCAUCUUCACGUCCCACCCAAGCUGUUCAGCUGAAAAACAGAAAUGAAUACUGCACCAAAGCCUCACAAAAUUCAACUCUGAAGUUCUUUACUGAAAGUCACCAUCAUGAAAAUAUGAAUACAUUAGUCUUUAAAGAUAAUGAAAAUGAUGCGAAAUCAAACAACAAUCCUGUUCAGGAGGUGCGUGAAUGUAUGCGUCACCAGGCCGUCGAGAGGAAAAGGAAGGUGUUGAAGAUGAAGAAGGAAACAGAGAGAGAAGAUGAGAAGGGUCUAAGGAAUAUGCAUGAGGUCUUUAGGAAACAAAGAGAAGCCCUGCAUAAGACAAAUAAAGAACAGACACAAGAAUAUAAGCACAGACGCAGUUCAGAUGAGGAGAGAUGUCCUCGAGUUCCUGAUGCAGCUGAAGAACAAAUGCCUGCGUUUGAUAGACAGAACCAAAGUGUUUUAGUAGCUGAACAGGUUGACCACGGUUCAGUCACACGGGAUGAAACUGGCAGUCCUGUGAGCGCAGCUGUUAAAGGCGAGACUCAAAACAGGAUGGCAGCUCAGAGACACCGAGCGGAGGCUCUCAAAAAGACAAUUGCUGCUCUAGAUACACGUUUGGAUGAUGAGGGAGCCUGCUUGGGAAUCACAGACCACAGAGCAGCUCUGAUACAGACACGACCUGCUGGACAGGGCAUCUGUAAAGCCAAUUCAAGAGAAAGUUUGUCUGAUUCAUCAGAUAGAGAUACAGACCUCAGACGCAAAGGAGUGUCUGUAGAAAAUGAGAUCAAAGACGAAACGGGUGUUGAGAGAGAGUUUAAGCAACAGAUUAAUCAGACAGCAACAGCGCAGGAGGAGCAAAGUGAGGACAGUGAGAGUACUGACUCUUCCAGUAAGUGGAGUGAGCUGAGUGAGUUGUACAGCCAGCAGAUCCAUAGUCACCUUUCACUGGCCCAGAGCCAGCAGUUUCUCAGAGAGGAAGAGCUGAGGGCACGACAGUACAGCGCCCUAUUCAGGCUCAGAGAGAAAGCGCUUUGGGAAAAGACCCAAGCUGAACUUGAAUGGCUGGAGCAUUGCAUAAGGCAUGGAGCAGCACCAGAUGAUGAUUUUGCCUUGGCUGAACACAGACGUACGCAGGAAGCAGUUGUCCACCGAUUCCGACAAGAACAGGCAGAGAUCCACCACUGGCGAAACAUUUACAGAUCAUGCCGACAACAGAGACGAUUGUUACUUCACCAUCAGAGAGACAUUCUUAAAAUCAAGAAGUCGACGGUUCACUUCAAACAAGUAUUGCAAGAACAGAGCGUGCCAAAGAAAUCCCACAACCUUAGGAGAGACAACACUGCAACGGAGGAAGAAAGUGUUAUGCAGCCUGGGAUUAUGCCAGAUGCCAGAGGCGCCUAUAAAGCAUCCGGAGAGGAUGGGAGGCGAGUGCGAUCGCUAUUAUUCUAUUAUCUAUUCUCAUACAGUAACACGCAAGAGUAAUAGGAUGUUUAG